UUUUUAAUACUAAAAUAGAUGAAAUUUUAGUAAGAAAAUCAUUUAUUAUUUAGUCUAAUAUGUAGAAACUAUUUAUUUAUUUAUUUUAAGUAGUUUUACGAAAAUAUAUAAGAUAAAAGAGAGCUUUUUUUUUUUCUUUGAUUCUCUUCCAAAAAACAGGUAGCGGAAUAGUUUAUAACGUGUAAGAUAUGAGGAAAAUUAAUUUUGGGCUUAAAAGAAAAUAUUCAUUUUAGUGAACAUAGAGAAAGAUGUGAGAUCUGGGAAGCUUCUCAUUGGCUUCAUAUUGCUUUGAUCUCGCACAAAUUUCCAAAGCUAAAACUAGAGUCUUUGGACCUGCAGUGGAGAAAAUUAAAGAAAUCAUUAGCCAAUUAAGCAACUAACCAGAUAUGAACAGUUGGUCUAAAUGACGACAAUAAAAAAAAACACACACACGCACAAACAAAAUUCUGACUUUGCUAUCGAGACUAGAACGUGCAGUGCAAGAAACCAUUCUGCCAUAUAAAACACAAUUGCAGAAGCUUCAAGUUUUGUCAAAAAAAUGGAAGAACUGAAGUUGCUAGGAAACUGGGCUAGUCCUUUUAGUUACAGAGUUUUAUGGGCUCUUAAACACAAAGGGGUGAAGUAUGAGUACGUAGAAGAGGAUCUUUUCAACAAGAGCGAGUUGCUUCUUAGGUGUAACCCAAUCCACAAGCAAAUCCCGGUGCUGGUUCAUGCUGGAAAACCAGUACCAGAAUCCAUUAUUAUCCUUGAAUACAUAGAAGACACAUGGCCUCAAAACCCUUUGCUCCCUCUAGAUCCUCAUGAAAGGACCAUGGCUCGCUUCUGGAUCAAGUUUGGAGAAGAUAAGGCACCUAUAUUUUACAAAUUCUUUCACACUGUGGGAGAAGAGCAAGUGAAGGGCACAAAAGAAGCUGAGGAACUGCUGAAAACUAUAGAAGAGUAUGGGCUAGGAGAUAAAGAGUUUUUUGGGGGUGAAGAGCUUGGAUUAACCGAUAUAGCCUAUGGAUGGAUAGCUUGUUGGUUGGAUGUGUUGGCCGAAGCAGCUGGGGUUGAAAUGCUGGGACCUCAAAGCUUCCCUCGAUUGCAGGCAUGGGCUGAAAGGUUUAAGCAACUGCCGUUGAUCAAGGACAACCUUCCCGACCGUCACAAAAUGUUGACUUUUUUCAAGUCCCGGAGGGAGAAAAUCAUUGCACCAGCAGCAACCUCUUAGAAGCUAGGACUGGUUUUUUUCGGUGUAUUUUGAUUUAAGUCCUUUCACUAUGCUGAUAUGUGAAAUUUAUUCCCAAAUUUGCAAUAAGAUUUUGAGGAGAAAAAUGAAAACUUAUUAUAUUUGAACCAA